UCAAUUUUUUCAUUCGCGAGAGUUUCAUCUAAUUAAACGGUUUUAAGUCUGUUAAUUGUUAUCCAAUUUUAAUUCAAUUAACUUUAAUUGUUUGACUAAUUGUUCAUCUAAUUCAAUAGAAAAAUGAUCAUCUCCCGUUUAGCUCGAACAUCUAUUCAAUUACAGAAAAACCGACCGGUUAUUGCUGUUCUGUCCACCAGAAAUGCAUCUUCAUCUGAGCUUAAAGAUAUUGUUGGUGCAAAGAUCAGCGAGCAUGCCAAGAAAGUUAAAAAUUUCCGAGCAGCCUAUGGUAGUAAGGUUGUUGGUGAAGUUACCGUUGACAUGAUCUAUGGUGGAAUGAGAGGAAUCAAAGCUCUUGCUACUGAAACCUCAUACUUAGAUCCUGAAGAGGGUAUUCGAUUCAGAGGUUAUUCUAUUCCUGAGUGUCGUGACCUUUUACCCAAAGCUCCAGGUGGUGAUGAACCUUUACCCGAAGGUCUAUUUUGGCUUUUAUUGACCGGUGAAGUGCCAACCACUGCUCAAGUUAAACAAUUAUCAAAAGAGUGGGCUGCUCAUGCUGAUUUACCUUCUCAUGUAGUUACAAUGUUGAAUAAUUUUCCAGCUCAUCUUCACCCAAUGUCCCAAUUUGCGGCUGCCGUCACUGCCUGUAACACUGAAUCUGCUUUUGCUAAAGCUUAUUCAGAAGGUGUUCAUAAAUCAAAAUACUGGGAAUACACAUUUGACGAUGCAAUGAGUUUGAUCGCUAAACUGCCAACAAUUGCUGCCACCAUUUACCGUAAUCUUUAUCGUGAUGGUUCAUCAAUAGGAGCUAUUGAUUCGAACAAAGAUUGGUCAGCUAAUUUUGUUGAUAUGUUAGGUUUCAAGGAUGAAAAAUUCACUGAAUUGAUGAGAUUAUAUCUCACCAUUCACAGUGAUCAUGAAGGAGGUAACGUAAGUGCUCAUGCCGUUCAUCUUGUCGCUAGCGCUUUAUCAGAUCCAUACCUUUCAUUUGCUGCUGGUAUGUGUGGUCUUGCCGGUCCACUUCAUGGUCUCGCUAACCAAGAAGUAUUGAUUUUCAUCACCAAAAUGCAACAGCAAUUAGGUGAUAACCCAUCUGAACAACAGAUUACCGAUUUUUGCAAGAAAACCCUUGCAUCAGGACAGGUUAUUCCUGGAUAUGGUCAUGCUGUUUUACGUAAAACUGAUCCUCGAUACACAGCGCAACGAGAAUUCUGUCUCAAACACUUACCAGACUAUCCAAUGUUCAAAUUAGUCUCAACAAUUUACAAAGUUGUUCCUCCCAUUCUCUUGGAAACUGGUAAAGUUAAGAACCCUUGGCCAAAUGUUGACGCACACAGCGGUGUCAUCCUUCAGUACUUUGGUCUUAAAGAGAUGAACUUUUACACUGUUCUUUUCGGAGUAUCUCGAGCUCUUGGAGUUACCGCUUCAACGGUCUGGGAUCGUGGACUUGGAUUACCCAUCGAACGCCCCAAAUCAAUGACUAGCGAAGGUUUAAUGAAGAUGGUUGGUGCUUCGUAAAUAAUUUACAUGACUAUAGAUUAGAGAACAAUAAAAAGAAAUCAAUAAAUUAUGAUUUAAAGCUAUACCAUUAACUAUUAAACAUAAUCACCCAGUACACCAAUGCCACAGAAUCAUCAAUAACAUCAACAACCAGCAGCCUAAAGAAAAGUAAUUUAGAAGCCAAUCAAGGAUAAACCCGUCGCAGAAUCUAUUCUCUUCCUCUCUCUUUCUCUUUCUCUAUCUCUUUUCUUUCUAAAUCUCAAUCUCUCACAAACCAUUAUAUCUCCCUCUUUUCUCUCUCUCUCUCUCGUUACCUUUCUCUUUUUCUCACUCCUUCACUUUUACCAUCCUCUUUCUCCCCAUUUUUUUUCUGUCGCUUUUUCUAUCCCACCCCAAGUCUAUUCAAAAGGCAGUAAAUUAUAAUUUUAAGCUUCUACAGCAGAGGAAAAAAAAUUCACUUCUCCACUUAAUUGUCGUAAAAAUUUAUCAGAUCUUACCGAAAACUGAGAUUCUUUGUAAGAAACAAAAACACAUUACGAAUAAUAACAUCUAAAUGAACUAUUAUAGCAAUACGAA